AUGGUCACGCUUGAAGAGAGAUUAAAAGCUGAACUGGAAAGACAAAAGACAGACUUGGAAAAGAGCUGGAAAAAAGAACUGGAUAAAUUAAAAGAGGAGCUGGAAACGAAACAUAAAGAAUACAAAAAGGAGCUCGAAAAAAGAGACAAUACGAUACAAGAUUUAAGCAGCAAAUUGGCAAAAAAAGAGGAAGAAAUUAGAUUAGAAAGCUCCUCAUCGCAACAAGCCGAGGGAUCAAAAGAAAUGCAGGAAAGGCUAAAUGAAGUAAAGAACGAGAAAGACCAAACUAACGAAGAACUCAAGCAAAAAACCAUAGAGCUUGAGAGAAUUACUAUCCAGCUGGAGGAAGAAAAGAGAAAACACAGUGCAGAACUGGAAGAAUUGAAAAAGAAGUAUAAUGAAGAAAAGGAAAUACACGAAAAAGCAAUUACAGAAAAAACAGAAGAACUUGAGAAAUUAGCAAGCCAGCUAGAGGAUGAAAAAAGGAAAACUAUAGAUAAUAAAGGAGUUCAUGAAGAUGGAAAUUUGAAGAAAAUUAAAGAGCUAGAAAAAUCCAUAGAAGAAUUAAAAACAGAAAAUAAAGAACUUCAAGAAGAUUUUGAAAAAAGAAUACAGUUAAAAAAACAACCAAAACCAACAAGAGCAUCAGAUGACGUAUCAGCAUUAAAAGAAGAGAAUGAAUCCCUCAAAAACAGACUCAGUCAGCUGGCGGGUGCCAAGCUAACAGAAGGAAAUCCUAAUAUUGCGGACCUCAGCGACAAGAACAGGCCAAUAAACUUAGCAGAAAAAUUCUCAGAACUUUAUGACAAUGAAUGGACAGAUGCACUAGAGGAGCUAAUGGAUAGUGAAAAGAAGAGCGAAGAGGAAGGAAUCGAUAUUCUGUUUCAUAUAGUCAAGGAUGCAUAUGAGUUUUGCAGCAAACAAUCCACUACGCUCUACAAGUCGAUGACCAAAGGGAUAAAGGACCUUGGAUUAUUAGACGAAAAGAUGUGGCCUCAAGGACUGUCCAAACAGAUUAAGGAUCACAGGAAAUCCAUUUCAGUUUUAGUUUCCAAUAAUCUGAGUAAGGAAUUCCUAAAAAGUCAGAAGCACACAGUUGGAAAAGCCACAUCGAAGUAUGCAGAGGCAUGUGCUGCUCUUUGUUGGUUCAUGUGUGUCCAGGACCCACCUGUUUACAUGGACCCUAGUGUCCCGAAAGGGAACUUUGACACAGACAAAUACAGAGCAUACACAAAGACUGGAAAAGAUUACAAAUACCUUGUGUGGCCCCCACUUUACCUACAUAAAGAGGGACCAAUGCUCGGAAAAGGCAUUGCCCAAGGAAAAUAAAAAAAUCCAUUAAUUCUGAUGUAACAUCGAAUAUGAAAAAUGUAUUAUUUCAAAUGAAUAUACAUUUAAGUAUUGAUAAAUGAUA